AUGUAUAAAUCAAAGAACUCGGUUGGCGACCCACAGUGUUCCGACGGGCCUCCUUGGUACCAUGAGUACACGUCGGCUAAGCCCCUGCUCCGCGUGUCGCAGGUUGUGGGUUUGGCACCCGUUGCAUGGCCUAAUCUUCGACCAGUUACAUACGGCAUUGUGCACACGUGUGUAAUGUUCAUUGCCCUCUUCGGCUGGUUCAUCUACGCGACUGCCCUUACAAUUCUGCAAGAGUACCCAUUGAAGGAGGCCACUUAUAUCGUCCCAGACUUCUGCAACUCGGCGUCCCUCUACUUAUCGUCCAUUGUAUCCCUUGCCCUGUGCGCUACAGCCAAUCGUUACCGACCACAAACCAUCAUGCGUCUCGUUGCCCAGGCGGACAACGCAGUGAACGCUGUUUGUCCGAGUUCGGUUCACGACAAGACGAGAAUCCUAGUCACUGCUGAGCUGGUCGUAAGUGUGUCCGGGCUGACUCUGCUCGCCGUUUAUGACAACGUCGUCUGGACCGGGAAGCUGUGGAACUUUCAUAACUACACUGGCAGAUACUAUGCCCACCUCAUCAAUUUGCUUGUCGUCCUGCAGUUUUCCAGCCUCACUCUAUUACUCAAACAACGCUUUGCUAGAAUCAACAAGCUCUUGAAGUCCACUGUCAUAACGUCAAAUGACAGUGAUGCAUGGUCACAGAGGUCCAUUCUGGAAGAUGCUGCCCCAUCACAAUUGGUUUUCAAGUCCAGAGCGCGCGGCUUUGCACCCCCUGUGGGCGUCUGGAGGGACCAACAAGUGCUAGCCCUCAGAAAGGCGCACUCCGCUUUGUGCGAAGUGGCGUCCACAGUAAAUGACAUGUACGGUGUGCAGAUCCUGCUGGUGAUAACGUCCGAUUUCAUCGGCUCGGUGUGGCCUCUGUAUCUGCUGCUCGUGACAAAUUUCAACUCGGAGGAAACUCACACAACGCACCGGACCGUGGCUUGGUCUCUCCUCUUUCUCCUCUAA